AUGGUCGUCGCAGCUCCUCUCAGUGCGGCAAUCUCCGAGCUUUUGCCAGCGCCCGGCGCUGGCGCGGGGCCGCGGCACCAAAGGCCUGCAAGGAAGCUUCAUUCCGCGCCCAGCUCGGAUGCCUUCGUCGGCAUGCGUCGCUGGCCCCUGCCCACCACCGGCGAGCCUCGUCUGGUGGUUCGGCCUCAGGUGCCGCGGAAGAUCUCCUCGCUGCCGGCGUUGACCACGGGCUUCGCUUACCGGUCAAGCAGGCCGAAGCUCGCAGGCCGAAUCAGAGCAGGUAGUGUGCCGCUGAACAUCCGCGGUAGACCGGUCGAGAAAGCCAAGGACUGGCCUGGCCUGCGAGGAAGGUCCGCGGAGCGUGCGGCAAAGGCCGCAGCCGCCGAUGCGACUGAAGAGCCGCAGGCGAGCCCCACCUCCGCCUUGGAGGCCCGGUUCCACGUUGACCUCCAGAGGGUCGCCGAGGAGGUGACGGAGGUCCGAAAGAGACAGCUCUCGACGCGGAAGCACUUGCAAGGCGUCCAGCUGGAACUUUCCACCUGCGAAGACGAGGCUGCCGCGGCUUUUAAGGAGCAGAUCGACAUCGUGAAAGCCGAGGUCAGCGGGGUGGUGGACGGCUUUCUGCAGGAGUGGGACGCGUUUCGGCCGGUGAGUGACCAGCUCGAGGCACUUGGGACAGAGGUUGACGGCCUCACAGACACGGACCAGCGCAUGAAAGAGGUCCUGGAACGGAUGUCGAGUAAGCUGGAUGCCUUCGACCAUACCCUGGGCCGCGACAUGCAGUACUGGGGCUAA